GAGAAAAAGAUCGCUUUCCAGCGGAUCUGCGAAAAGAGCUCGAUCAAGGUCCCUAUCGGCAGAUCGUUUACCUCGAAAAGGCCCCAGUUCAGGAACGAAGAAUCCCAGCGCCUGGUCGUCAGGUGGUAGAAAAAGAACAUCGUCCAACGGGAGCCUGGGAACAAGGCGAUCGUCCCAGUCUUCGUUAGAUAAGGAUUACAUGUCUGAUGACAUGGAGCAUGCGCCACCACGACGGCCAAGAACCAGGCCCAGUAACAGUUCAACAGGGAAGACGAGAACUGUUGCAAAGAAAAACUCGUGGUACAGCCCUGGGGACUCAGAUAUAGAGCGAGGAACGGCAGUGAAAGUGGGCAAAGUUCCUUAUUCCAGUACUCCUGAGAAUAGUCUUUCACACUCCAGAGCGUCUGAGAAGCGUCAUCAUCGAGGCUCGCCAUUUCGAGACAUUGGAAACGAGUCCCUGAACAGGUCAGCGGAAAUGAUGGAAAUUGAUGCGCGGCUGAACGCACUACAGAGGUUUAUGAAAGAAAACAUGCCGUGAUGCUUCGAUAGAUGUGCGACGGUGCGGAUAUCCA